AGUUCCUCCUUAAAUGUGUGUUUCCCAACAUCAAACCACUGUAAAAUUCUUCUGGUAUUAGAUGAAUGACAUUAAAUCGAAGUAGACAUAGAAGGCUCUGCCAAUGCAAUCAGCAGCAACGCCCUAUGAACUGGACUAUCUCUCUACGUCAUGUUGUUAUUGUAUCCCUCCGCCGCAAUCGCACUAGGUAAACAGCUGUGCGAGGCUAAAGCUAGGUAGCUUCGUGUGUGUUUGUGUCAGCGAGUUUCAGUCGGUCCUCGGGAGAAAAAAAAGGCAGAAAUCUUUUCAACCUCGGAGUGACUGACUUGUUGUCUGUCAUCUCUUACAAAGAUGAAGUUUCAGUACAAAGAGGAGCACCCAUUCGAGAAAAGGAGGUCCGAGGGCGAGAAAAUACGGAAGAAGUACCCGGACAGGGUUCCAGUUAUUGUGGAGAAAGCCCCCAAAGCUAGAAUAGGAGAUCUGGACAAGAAAAAAUACCUUGUCCCUUCUGACUUGACAGUGGGCCAGUUUUACUUCCUCAUCCGGAAAAGAAUCCACUUGAGAGCAGAGGAUGCUCUCUUCUUCUUUGUAAACAACGUCAUUCCACCCACCUCAGCCACCAUGGGUUUGUUGUACCAGGAGCACCAUGAAGAGGACUUUUUCCUCUACAUUGCCUACAGCGACGAGAGCGUGUAUGGGAACAGCCAAAGGGAAAUGUGAUCCCCUUCAACCACCUUUCUGAGACCUUCGUCAUCCAUUCAUUCAUUUAAAAAGUAAAAUCCAGCUUGGCAGUGUAGAGUUCCCAGAGUAAAUGUCAGCGGCACUUUCACUUCUCACACUCAUACAGUCUUUUACAUCUUCAUUUAUGACUUUACUAUUUUGCAGUCUGAAUUGUAUUUGCCUUCUCUGGUUUGGUUUUUGUGUUUUUGGGAAUCGCGCUCCACAGAAAGUCUGAAAAUAAAAUCUCAACUGCUUGGCGCUUGUAUUUACUUCUGAGUGCAGGAAAUAGGACAAUUUAUUGAUUCAAAUCCACCCUUAAUUGGUAAUGUAUAUAUAAUUAGUGGGUGUCAAAAUUUGACGAGACUUUAAUAAUUAAAUAUAUUUCAGUUUAGGUUUAAAAAUAAGUAAACACCCAAAAGAAGAAGGCAGAUAGUUCUGCUUGUGGUUGUGAAUAUAUAUUUUUUAGUUUUUUGUUUUGUUUUUUUUUUUACUUUUUUGCUUUAUUUUAAAUUUAAAGUGGUUACAUUUUGUUAUUUUUAAUAAAUUGUUAAAUCCCAAGAGAAUAGUAUUUCCUGCUUCAUAUUUAAUCUUUGCAAGGACUAUAAUAGGAUUCAGACUGCACAAUCAUCCUCUGCUUUCAGUGGUAAGAAAAUUAUUUUGACAGCUAAUAUGAUUAUUGUUGUUAUAUUUGUUAAUUUUAGGUGGCUCACUUUAUAAAGCAGUUGUGAAGCUGAGUGUAAUUUUUCUUUUUUUUUUCUUUUGAAGUUUCUUUUUUUUAAAAAAAAAAGAUUUACAGUUAGAACUCUGUAUACAGCUGCAUUACUGGCUCUUUCUCUCCUAUCAUGAUCGUAAAUGAUAAAAUGUUAUGAAAGUCAA